CUAAAGUUGUUACACAGUAUACCGUAAACGUAGAGCAUGCAAGGUCCGCGUCCGAUCCGUGCAACCUCACUGUAGCGCAGGUACUCCGUACUAAGCAAGCGUUGGAGCUUGGCAUGGAUCAAGAUCCAAGUGGCAAAGACUGGACGGUUAGAUCUUGCCAUCCAGCAUGACUGAAGCUACGAUGAGCGGGGCCCCCGUGAGCGGCGAGGGCUUCCUGUGCCAAGUGUGCAAUUUGGACUACGGCACCUGGACCCAGUUUGAGGAGCACUUCUGGUCCAUGAUCCACCACAAACAGCUGGAAGUUCGAUACGGCAGCGGCAAGACUCACGUUUGCUGUUUGUGCCGAUCCAGGAGCGACUCGCUGUCAGAUUAUGCCAAGCACCUCAUUAGCUUGACACACAGAGACGCAGUUGAUAAGCGCAAGAAGCAAAAACAGCUGGAAGUGGCUGCAAAUUCGUCGAGGCAAAGCAAAAAGAAUGAACCACAGCCUACAGAGGCACCGGGCAGUAGACACCAAGGGAAUCAUAACCCUACAGGCUCAUGUAAUGAACUUGUCCCCAACCACCCACAUUCGUGGUCACGUUGGCCAGUACAAUCACCACAGAAGUUCAGCCGUUUCAGCCUGUGGGGAGACAACUACGUUGACGACUCCAACAUUCACCAGAGUUUCAAACUCUCCUCGGCCCGGCAGUGGAACUGCGGGAAUGGUCGAAACAACAUUUACUGUGGAAAUAGAACGUGGACCCCCAUGAGCAGUCAUCAGUUCUCCCACGACAGUGUUAAUUACUUGUCGAGCAGGCCCAAUAACUCUGAGAAUACAGUGUCACGCAUAACCCAAAGAGGUCCAGAGUUGCCAGGAAAGCACCUUGCAGAACAGAAGUCUGCUGCCAGGAGUAAGUUGGUCAUUAAAUUGAAAAGCCAAAAUGUAUCCAGCAAAAACAAGACGGAAUUAGAAGCCAAGUCAAACCCCAACACUAGUAUGAGCAGAGAGCAGCCUUCGGCAAAGCCUUCAUUGAACCACAAUUCAAAACCUGUUGCUAAAACUGCUUCCUCAGGCUCUAGACAGUCCCAUGCAGCUAGUUGCCAUGGAGAUGGUCAACCUGCCUCCAGUAAACCAGCCGAUGCAGGUACUGAAACAAUGGCAUUGUGCUCCAAACCAGACCAACUCGCUCCAUCAGAUCAAACUACAACCAAAAUAUCUGUUGAGAGUAAGUCAGCUACUGCUUUCUCAGCUAAGAGGGAAUGGGACAUUUCAGCAAGUUGCCAUCCACAGAGAGACAAACCGGGACAGGACAAGGCAUCUGACAAAGGAGACAACAGCUCUGCUGAGGACCAAGAUGAGUGUCUCAAAGGAGCUGCUGCAUAUUCAAUUAUUAAAAAGAAAGAAACCAGCAAAAAUCCAAUCACUCUACAGAGGUCUGAUUCAUUGCCAAGUACCUCCACUGUCCUGAAAUCUCCUCCUGAGGUGACUAGACUGAAGCUCCCUAGAACAGACUCUGAUCCCUUUGGUAAGGAGUCAAUUAGUAAUUUGUCUAGCAGUGGUCCUGCUGCUGUCAGCGAACAGCCUGCAUCAUAUCCCACGGAAAGCUUUGACGAAGAAGCCAGUGUCACCAGGAUCCAGCUGCCACCAAGCCUGCAGCGGGAAUUGACCAAAUUGCUGGCCAAAAGCCAAGGGUCCACGCCCCGUCCCAACCUGGCCACCGCCCGCAGCCGGCUCCACGCCGGCGAGCACCACCAGGCCAAGGUGGUGGACUCCCCUGACAGGAUGGUGCAGCAGCUGCUUAUGAAGCUCCUGGACUCACCCAAGUCCCAGCAUCGGAAGCUGCAGCAGGUCGAGGAGCUCCAGCGUCUGGUGCAGGCCUCCAAGAAGGGUAGCGAGAGGGCCAGGUUUGCCAGUCAACAGCCCCAGGAGGUCCAUUUGUCGCUGCAGUUCCUCGAAUCUUUGCUGCAGACAGGGCAGUUGAAGCCUCUGCUCUCUGAAGAUGCUUCAACAAGCAGCACCUCAGCUCGUCAUGAGCAGCUUCUCCCAGACAACAAAAAGACACAGAAUGGCAGCAUUACUGGAACACUUGAUCAGAAACCCUCAAUGCCAUCAACAACAGAUCCUGAAUGUUCUGAUUCAAAAGCAGCAGUUCAGGCACUCAUUCAGUCUACCUCAUCACAACAGGUUCAUGUAACAAGACACGAUGAUGUACAUGUAGCUUCUAAUAAGGCUUCAAAGUCACUUAAAACUACGUCUGGCAUCUCAGCCAGAUCUUCAACUCAGUCCCCUUUGCAUAGACAAGAAGAAGGUGCUUCAGCUGAAGCCGUUAAAAAUCAAAUGAUGUUGGAGUACAGAGGAAAAGCUUCAACAAAAGGCAAAUCAAAUAGCUCAGAGAGGUCCACCAUUCCAUUUCAGGAUGUUACCCUCAGAACUGAGCCAAACAGUGGAAGCAACAAAGUCAGUGCUGAAACGCCUAAUAACUGGGCUUUGGGUUUUGAAUUCGUGGACUCUAAAGAAGCUGCUCUGGCAUCGAUCCAGUCCACUGUAUCCAAAGAGAAAGAAAAUCCACUCACAACCUCAUCUACAUUGGUGCAUGAAAACGUGAAUUUUAACGAGGUUACACAGUCAGAUAUGUUUGCCUCUAACACCCUAGCAGCUCUUCCUGCGUGCCCUUCUUUACUGAAACCACCAUCUGAAGCAGCAGUGGUCCAAGGCAAAGCCACAGUGGAACACAGUGGGAGUGCCAAAACACAGGGUAAACCAAGUGGCCCUGAGUACUCUUCUGCUCCGAUCAUGGACGUGACCAUCAAAACUGAACCAAACACUGACAGCAUUGAUGGAACAACUCAUGACUGGACUCAAGGUUUGGAACUCGUGGACUCCAAAGAAGCCAUUUUGGCAUCCAUCCAGUCCACCGUAUCAUCUAAAGAAAAUCAGUUUACAACCUCAUCAACGUUGGCGCGUGAAAACGACAAUUUUGCUGGGACUGUACAGUCACACGUCUCUGCCUCCAACACCAUAGCAACUCCUCCGGAAGCAGAAGACAUAGCAACUCCUCCAGAAGCAGAAGACAUGAGAGACAAAACACAAGCUAAACCAAAUGGUCCAGAGUUCUCCUCUUCUCUGAUCGUGGAUGUGACCAUCAAAACCGAGCCAAACACCGACACCAAUGAAAUAAGUAAGGGAGCACCUCACGAAAUGAUCCCCAUCUCCAUAGCAACUGUCACUGACCAGCACAAUGCAUCAUGGGUACAGUCAGUCGAACAGAGCGAGAGCGGCGCUGUCAACUCAGAGGAAAUGCUCAACUCCGCUGCAGCCACGAAUCCUUCCUUGCCAGUACAAGGAUUGUCAACAUUGAAUGCAUCGACGGAGGCAGGGGAACCCGUUAGUACAGAUGCUGGCCAAGGAGGGACCAUCAGCAUAAUAGCAGUCCCAGAUCUACAGUUGGGAAUGCCAGUUGCAGUCCUAAGCGGUUCGGAAAUGACACCCCUUUGUCCGCAGACAGCACCUACAAGGAAGGGGCCGGCACAAGGGAAACUCCCUCUGAAAUCACCUCUGAAAAGGACCCCAGCUGGAGGAAAGGAUCUUCAAGAAGCCCUGCUGGAGCUGUCUCUCCAGGAGGAGCUGCUUCAUAAAGAGCUUGGCACAGUGGACAAGCGCAUGAAGACCAUCAAGGAGCUCAUCCGGCAGAAGCAGCUGCUGUUCAAGAAACUGAAGGAUCAGAAAAAUAAGAUUUCAGCCGAUGCAUUAGGUAUCAGAACGAGACGCCUGCAGCUUCUCUGGGAAGCUGCCCCAGGACCAUCCUUACCAGCCCCACACUCUUUAGCAGUCCAUCCAGCGUGCAUUGAGCAAGACCCUUGCAGAAACUCUCUAGCUUCUACUUCAACUGCCUUUCUGUCUCUGGAAAACGCAGCUCACUCUUCAUCUCGUGGAGGGGCGGCACCGAGCUUGUCAGUUGUGGAGCCAUUUCCGAUCAGCAAACCUCCAGGUCUUGCUGUGUCGGGUGAACCCUCUCGGGAGCCAAGUAGCCUCAGCGGGUCAGUAUCCCAGUCUGGUCUGGAGAAGCACAGCAAUGGUCCAGUGAACCACCGACCGGGGAUUGGCAAGAGUUGGACACAGGCCAAGGUUGCAAAGAAUGCAGCAGGAGAAGGCCGUAAGAAGGCUGCCAAUUCUCGUAAGAGAAAGCUGACGACUCAGGAUGCAGAUGCACUCAUCACCACAAAGGCAAAAAUUGCCAAAGUGUCAAACAGGCAAAAUCUGGGCAAAACUGACAGUGUCGGACUGUCACCAGCGACUUGGGCUGAGGCCACUACUGACGAUUCCACCCGGGAAAAUCAUGUCACUCCAAGCAAUGCUUCACCCUUGAAUCCACCACAAGACACCAACUCUGUGUCGACAGGUUUAUCCCUGGCUCUCCUGGAAGAAACGUCCCCCCACAGGAGGUGGGCAACCGAAGUGAAGCCACACAAGAUUGACUCACUACUGAGCAGCAAAACUACCAAGGACCAAAAAGCUCAGAAAUUCGCAGAUCGAGAAGCGUCCCUUAAGCCGCCAAAGGCAACCUGUCCUUUCAUCAUACCGGAGAGUAGACUGGGGCGAGGCACGUUAAGAGCAAAGACACAAAGCACUACCAAGCAUGUUGAUUUUGAGGUGUUUGAGAUUUCAUCAGACAGCGAUGAUUUUGAAGCUCUGAAUACAAGUUUGACGAAAAUGAGACAAGCGAACCCAUCUCACUCACCAGUCACAGUGGUCCAGGGGCCCAAGCCGACCAAUGCAAGGCCCACCCAAGCCCGCACCUGGCCCCCGUGCGGUGUGUUUCCCAACCACGAUGGCGCCGUGUUGGGGAUGCUGCUGUGCGUUUCCAAGCAGAGGCUGUACACCGCAGGUGCAGACCACACGGCAAGGGUCUACGGUAUCGACGAUUUCAGGUGUAAGAAGGUCUUCAGCGACCACACCAAGGAGGUGACUUGCCUGGCCAUGUGGACCGCCAAGUACCUGUGUACAGGCUCUAGUGAUCGCAGCAUCCGUGUGUACAACACAGAGACGAUGAACCGUGAAACCUCCUUUUUCUGUGAGAGUCGCGUGACGUGCCUUGCAGUUCAGGGCGAGUGGUUGUUUGCGGGGCUGGCCAACGGCACCGUUGACGUCAUUGAUUUACCGAGAUGGCGCAUGGAGAAGAAUCUGACAUGCAAGCCAGAGUGCAAGAUUGAAGCGAUGGUCCCAACCAGACUGGUGCCCCACCUCUGGUGCAGGGUGAACAGAGGGCUUCUGAUUGGCUACGAGGAUUGGACCAUCGGCGUGCACAGUGCCACAAACGGGAAACUCCUGCGAAGUCUACAUGGGCACAAUGGAGUAGUUCUGUGCAUGGUGAUGCUGAAACAUCUCCUGUACAGUGGGUCUGCCGACAAAACUGUCAUGGUUCACGAUUUGAGGAGCAGCCAACACGUCCAGACUAUUCGUCUUGACAGCCCUGUCACUGGCCUGCACCGGUGUGGGGGAAGCAUUAUCACCGUGUGUGCGGAGGGGAAGAUACAUGUACACGUCUCUGACCCAGAGAAGGUUGACGCUGGAAGAAUGAUUGCAUCGUUUCCUCAGAAGAUCUGUUGCAUGGCGCUUCAUCGCAAGACCGUGUACAUUGGGUGUUCCGAUGGCACAGUACAGGCCAUUCCGACACAGCCUUCAGAGAAAUCCAAGAAAAAGAAAAAGUCGACACAGGCCCGAGUAAAGUGUCAAUGGAUAAGUUGCACCACUCAAAAGUCUAGCCAUUCCAAGAUGUUUAAUCACCUGCGCGACUUUCACGUUCGGCAGAGCCUCAGCAAGCAGUGUUGUUGGGGCACCUGCGGAGUGGUGUUUGCCAACUUGAAGAAACGUCAGAUUGACGAACAUAUCAUUGGCCACGUGGAGGAUCUGUACAGUGAUUUUGAAAGAGCCGAGGUACAGAAAUUAAAGGGACAACUGAACUCUCAUCGACAGAGAAAGUGCAAGAAAAGAAACCAGGUCAGUCAUGUAAACAUUGCAGGCCAGUCCUAAAAGUCUGACACGUUUAGGAGGUUGCAUUAAAUUAACAACACACGUUUCAGAACCCAGCAAAAGUAGCAUCCGAGUAUUUUUGUCCCACUUUUUGCUCAGAAAGAUAGUACACUAGAUAUGUAUGUUUUUUCUGAAAGGAGUUACCUUUUUAUGCAUUCAAAAUGAGAAACUGAACUCUGUGGCCUGGCAGUUUGUGAAACAAGCCCUAUACCAAAGAAGGAUCCAUUAUAUAUGCUUGUUUGCGUGCAUCUGCCUUGGAUGAUGCACAGUUUGACAAAUCUGUAGUGUUAUUUAUAUGGGCACAGGGUACCACUGAUACUGGAUUACCACCCAGCCUCUGUCUGUGUCUUUACUGAGGGGUGCUUGUGCACAGCAGUAUUAUAGUUGAGACUUCUUAAGACUAUCACAAGACCAGCACCAGAUUUCCGAUCUGAAUUUAGGUCACAAGCUGUUCAGAUGAACUACAUUCCUUUGCCAUUAUUCACACUGUAACUCUUGAUUUGUCUUGUGAAAAGUCUUGUGUCUGGUCUUGUGAUGGUCGCGACUAUGAGACUGGUGCACAGACCAUCUAAUUGAAUUCAUUAUAAGAGCCUUAUCACAGAAGACUGACCGUCUCGCUGCAUGUGCCCGGAGCACUUUAAUGGCUGUCUGCCGCCGCCUUGUUUCAGUUGCUUUUGUUCAAUACUUGAGAAGUUUCAGUGUAAAGUUUCCAGCAAAAAGUUGCCAUAGUGACAAUACCAAUCAGACAAGCAAUGCAGAAGUUGCUAAUUGUUUUAUUGCCUUCAAGAAAAACUAGAGACAGCAGGGAUUUGAUUGAUAAUUUUGUUUGUUCGUUCAGUUUAGUGUCAUUUAUUAUUUUUGGUAUUCGUGCCACAUUUCACGUGGCCAUAUGGUGUCUUUUGAAGUUCAUUAAGUCAUGCUGUGAAAGUAUGACAGAUACAGUUUCAGUGCCUGAAAAACUCGUACAAAUUGCCCAAAAAAGAGGUACCAAUAUAGGGUUGGGUGAAGGUAUCAUCUUGUCCAGUAGAGAAGUUUGGACUGUCUUUACCAGUCAUUAACAGCAGCCCUCCCAGAUCCUUCAAAAUCCAUUUCGUGGUAGUUGAAGAUCUUGCAGGAUUGAUGCAGGUGGAGCCCUACCACUGUUACUUUGCAUGGGGUUUGAUGCCUCUUAAAAGGACAGAGAAUGUGGCAUUGGUUUACCAGAUUGGAGAGAAUUCUGGGAAAAAAUUUCUAGCAAAAUUUCCCUGGGCAGUGAUGAUAAAGGACCUAAUAAUAGCUUGGGUGAUGUUAACCCCCCCCACCAUUGACUAGGAGCCACGCCCCUUCCUGGUCACAUCGGUGACCAGGAAGGUGACCCUCUUGGUCACCAACCCAAACUUCCCCCUCAGCAUUGCUGCAAUGAAUCAAUGACACUUGUGAUCCACUCUGUAACAAGGCGUCAUCCCCAUGCACAGUCUCUAAUCCAGCAAAAUCAAUCCAAACCAGGUGUUGGAUUAUGGUGAAUUGGGAAGGUAGUGUUUAGACUCGUGUAAAGAUUUGGGUUAUAUCCUCCUACAUAUAUUUAAGUGUAUGCAUCAGAAUGACUGUAUACGCAAUGAUAUAUCCUUUAACAAUAGUAUUACUACUGAUCAUAAAGAUAUUAAAUAAUUUAUUGAUACUGCAAUAGACGUUCAUAAAAUCAAUUGAAUCCAAUUAAAUAGAUAUAAAUAUCAUUUUUAUUCUAGGAAAAGUUCAUUUUCAGGGUUGCCAGUUGUCUUGUACAGAGAAAUGAAGUUGUGCAUACAUUAUUUUACACCAUGUCCCAGUUUCCUGAAACUUGAAUGGAAUGGAGAAAAAGAAGUGGUCUCAGUAACUCAUUUGCUCAAAAUCUGGUCAGUUGGAACUAGUUGACAGCAAUAUGGUCAUCAGAAAGUAUGAUUAAAUACAUUCAAAUGAAUGUAUCGAGUUUUCUGCAAAGGUUUCUUUAAAACUUGUCUUAUGGUGCUCGGAAUUCAAACAUUGGCAUGAGACUUAGGGACGAAAGUAUGGACUAAAACAUGGCUAAAUAACUGUAGAAAUGUUUUGUGCUUAAUUUGUUGGAAUGGGCUGUUUUGAUUUCCUUAAACCUCCUUCAAAAAAUAUGGAGAAAUUCCCCCACACAAAUUUAUUCACAGUCGUUGCACGACCAGUCAAGACUGUAUUUGUUCCUACAUUAAAUUGGGGCCGAUGGGUACCCCCCUACCUGUCCAAUCCCUAUACACACUCUAGACUAUUGUUACCCAACACAU